AUGCUAGCGUCGGAGAGUUCAAUGGUGAGGGUGCCAUCGAGGUGCACAGCAGAGACGGCGCGGGCCACGGUCGCGUUCGAGAUCACCGGCUACAGCCUGCACAAGGGCCUCGGUAGAGGCAAAUUCCUCUGUUCUCCUGCAUUCUCCGUCGGCGGCUACGAAUGGUGCAUCGGCUACUACCCCGACGGUUACGAGGACGAGGGGAGCGAAGGUCACGUCUCUGCCUUCCUCAAGCUCUUGACCAAGAACGCCGAGGUGAGGGUGCUCUACAAAUUGUUGCUUGUGGAGCUGUCUAGCGAGCGGUCGAUUGGGGUGAGCUGCAAAGUCCCACGAGUGUUCACCAGUGAAAGUCCAUGUUGGGGCUCUCGAAAGUUGUCGGCCGCUGAAGUGGAGUCGGUGUACCUGCGGAACGAUUGUCUCAUGAUCGAGUGCGAAAUCGGUGUUAUCAAGGAAACACUUGAUAUCUAUGUGCCGCCCUCUGACCUUUUGGAUAAUCUUGCAACCUUGCUAGAGGGGAAGAUAGGAGCAGACGUGACUUUCAAGGUUCAAGGGGAGGUUUUUUCUGCUCACAAGAUUUUGCUCGCGGUGAGAUCGGCGGUCUUCAACGCGGAGUUCUACGGGGCGAUGAGGGACAAAGGGGCGCAGGACAUAACUGUUGACGACAUGCAGCCUGCUGUUUUCAGGGCAUUUCUUCACUUCAUAUACACGGAUUCAAUGCCUCCCAUGGACGGUCUUGAGGAUGAUGAUAAAAGAGAAAUGGUUAAGCACUUACUCGUGGCUGCGGAAAAGUAUGCCAUGGAAAGGAUGAAGAGGAUAUGUGAAAGCAUACUAUGCAAGAGUCUUGAUGUUGAGACUGUGGCGACCAUCUUAGCUCUAGCUAACCAGUAUCAUUGCAACAACCUCAAAGAUGCUUGCAUUGAAUUUAUGCUCUCUUCAAAUAGAAUGAAAGAUGUGAUCUCAAGCCAAGGUUAUCUACACCUCAAAAGAUCUUCUCCUGAUGUCAUCGUGGAUGUGUUGGAGAGAGCAGCUAAGUCCUGCAAGAUUUAG